GAAGGUAUCAUGCUAGUACUGGACGGCUAGUUUAUUUGCAUUAGUAAGACGAGAUUGAUCAUAAACAGUAAUGGAUAAGAAGAAAAAGCUAUACGAUGUUACGGCCUCUUCUUUGGUGGACCUCAAAGCUGAACUCUACAGAAAGCAGGAGAAAUUCAAACAUCAGAAGCUAGGACAAGAUGCUGCAGCUGGUUCUUCUAAUUUCAAAAUUAAGAAGCCCACAGUGUGGAACAAGCAGAAUGAGGGGGUCUCUGCACGAGCACAGAAAGAUGUGGAGCAGCUGACAGAGGAGGAAAACAACCAUGAUAAGUCGAGACGGAAGCUGGAGGAGAAGGCCAAACUCUAUGAGCAGAUGACCAAAGGAGACUUUCCUGAUGAGGAGACAGAGGGCUUGUUCCUGGUGGAUUUCACUCAGAAGAUCAUUGACAAAAAGAGAGAGACUUAUGCCCAGCAAGACAGGGAAAUCGAAGACAGGGAUAUGGGCAGCUCGUCCCCCAUCCCACCCCCCGAGAACCCGGAAGAGGAGUGGGUGGAUUAUGUGGAUGCUCUGGGCAGAUCAAGGAAGUGCAUGAAGAAAGACCUGCCAGGGUUCAAGAAAAUGGACCAAGACUUUCAAGGGAAAAGACAUGCAGUGACGGAGAAGACCCUGCUGUCGGAAGACAUGCGUCGUGAGCUUCAGAGGGAAGAGUGGGAGAGGGAGGAAGAGGAGGCGUUGAAGAGGCCUGUGGGACCAAUCCACUAUGAGGACAUUAGGGAGCAAGAGGCCCGUGAGUUGGGUGUGGGCUACUUUGCUUUCUCUCAGGACCAGGAGCAACGCAGGAAACAAAGAGACACUCUGGACAUGCUCAGAGACCAGACGACAGACCAGCGUAGUAAGAGAGAGAUGCUGAAGGAGAAGAGAAAGGCUCUACUUAAGGCUCGACUGGCUAAGGUGAGGCAGAGAAAGAUGAAAAAUACCAAGAUGGAUGGCACAGAGGAGGAUCAGGAAGAGCCACUGAAAGAAGAAGAAGAGGAAGAGGAUGAGAUUGGUCACCUGCCUCCAUCAGAGGAUGCCCCUGAGGCCAGUAGGAAGGUUGGGAAGGUGGAGGUGGAGAUCCAGGAGAGAAGGGACACCAGGCCGGGGGUUCCCCACGUCAGAGAGUGGGACAGGGGCAAAGAAUUCUCUCUGGGCCUGUGGACUAACCGGAGACGAGACGAACGGGAUGCAGACUUUGCCCCUCCCUCUGCGUAUUUUAAAGAGGAUAGAAAACCAGGUUAUGGAAGGACUGUUGGACGAGAACAGGACAAACCCAAAAUGACUUUCAAGUGGUCUGCUGCACAAAGUGAAAAGAGCAAGGAGCCACCCCAGGCCCACCCUGAACCCCAGGCCCACCCUGAACCCCAGGCCCACCCUGAACCCCAGGCCCACCCUGAACCCCAGGCCCACCCUGAACCCCAAGCCCAUCCACAGCCUAAUAGUGCUGCUGGCCACUCUAAACCCCAACACACAUCUCCUCCCCCUCUGAUUAAAAUGCCGAUACAACCCCAAACCACAGAUCAAGACCAACCCCUCCCCUCUGCACCUGCUGUGCAGAGCUCCCCCCAACUUCAGUACACAGCACCGCUAAUACACAGUCCUCCGUCUGCCCCACCCCUUUUCUCCCAGUGUUCUCUUCCACCGUUGCAUCCUAACUGUCCUCCAUCUCACCUGCAGUAUACAUCCACACCCCACUACCCACCCCAGUAUCCCCCUAGCCAGUAUCCCUAUGGCCAGUAUCCCCAUAGCCAGUAUCCCUAUGGACAGUAUCCCCCUAGCCAGUAUCCCUAUGGACAGUAUCCCCCUAGCCAGUAUCCCCUCCAGUAUCUGUCCCAACCCCUGGUCCAGCAACAGGCCCAGCCUGAUCAGGCCAUGCAGGAAGCUCAGUCCCAGCCCCUGGAAACCUCCCAGAGUCUGGAGGACAUGCUGUCCUUCUACAAGAGCUCUACUUGAUCUUUACUGAAAGACUAAAUGGAGACAGACAUGGAACACUCCAGCCAGUCACAACUGGAAUGUACCAUCACCCAGCCAGACACCAGUGUUUGAUGUUACUUUAAACCAAAAAUACAGAUAAAAAGCAGUUUGAGAGUAAAAUAACCACAUUUAUUUGUUUGGAAUAUCCCAACCAACAAAAUGUUUUCUCAUAAGGGUUCUAUAUAUUGGAAAUGUGAUUAAAAAUAAGUCGAUUGAUUUAACUUAGUGCUGUCUGGUUAUGAUUUCUCUUGAGGUGCUUUUCCUUCUAAGUACGAUUUAUUUAUGAUUGCUGAUAUUAUUGCAGUAUCUUGGCCUUUACACAAGUGUCGUUUUUGAAUGCCUCAGCUUGCCAUCUGUCAUUUCAGUUCACGGGCAAACAACAUUUGUGUAG